GAGAAGAUUCCUGUCUCGUUAGGAAUCUAGAGAGAGUUAGAUCUGAAUAGACUCGUGAAUAAAAGGUUUAUCAUGGGUCACAUCGUGACAAAAAAGGGAGCGUAGGAACACUCCCAGGUGCAUCUCACAGCUGGAGCGAAUGCUUACGUUACGUCAUCUCAACGCAAGUUAUAUGUUUUUUCUCAUGACCGAUUAAAGAAAGGUAGUAUCGUCCAAUUUCCGCGGUCGCGGACAACAUGGCCUGGCCCAGACGGUCGUAUCCUUGGCGAUGGAUGAUCUUACUGGCGCGUUUCGCCGGGCUCCUCGUCUGUGUCGGCACAUUUCUGUCGUUAGGGAUCUUCAUACCACAUUUGGUGGAGAGCUUCUCCACCACCACUGCAGCUGCUGGGCUGAUCUGCAGUGGAUCCUGGGCGUUUGGUAUGAUCAUUGGUGGUCCUUUCGUGGGUGCCUUGCUUAACUCAUGUGACCCAAGAAAGGUGACCAUGAUUGGAGGGAUGCUAUCAGCGAUUACUAACACGGCAGCAGCCGCCUCCUCAUCGAUAACACAGCUGGCAGUGUGGUUCGCGGUUUCGAGUGGGGGUCUGCUCUUUGUACAAAUCGCUACAGUUAAAGCUGUCGCAGAAUACUUUCCCGAUAAUUUUGCUGUUGCCAACGGCGUCUCUCUAGCUGGAGGUAUGGUCGGCAUGAUGGUGUUCCCUCCCGUUAUGGAAUUUCUGAUAUCUUUGUACGGAUGGAGAGGUGCUUUGGCAAUCAUGGGAGCCGUUACCUUUCACUACGUCGUUUGUGGAGCACUUCUAAGACCUUUGCACCAUAAACGGGCGGAAAAAUACAGUCUGGUGCCAAGCAGAGGUGAUUCCGAAGAUGUGAAUUCAAAGUCAGGACAACAGGCAGAUGGAAAAUCCAGAAGUUGUCAGGUACCAACCGCCUCCCAAAACCUGACGGAGAGUGUGACUGAGUAUCUCGACACACAGCUACUAACAGAACCCUUGUUCAUUGUUUAUCAAGUGGUUGUAGUACUUUGUGGCAUUGUUUACACCAUGUGGCAUUUAUUUCUAGUUCAACGAGGCAUAGAACUCGGCAUCAUGGAGUUUCAAGCGGCGUUCCUUGCAACUUUUGGGGGCUUGGGGUCCCUAGCAGGUCGCCUGGGACACGGUCCUCUAGUGGACAGUGGUCUCGUCAAGGCGUCCACCCUCUUUGCCAUUGCAUCGCUGGUCUUUGCGGUAUCUUGCCUGAUUAAUAUCCUGGUCGCUUCCUGGUACUCGGCUUUGGCAGUCAACUACUUUGUCUCGGGAAUGGCAAGUGGGGUGACCUAUUCCUUGGCUUACGUGAUGGUGCGAGAAGUCACUGGGGACCAUCACAUGUCUGCCUUCGGAUGGCUGUUCACGUCCUUGGGAACAGGAGAAAUACUCGGUGGAUUUAUUGCGGGGUGGAUCCACGAUACAACUGGAGACUAUGGGAUCGUUGUUCUGGCAAUUGGAGGCUUGGCAUUCAUCAUGGGUGUCACUGUAACAUUGACUCGAUGUUUGAUAUCUUGGUCUGGAGGCAGUGAUGAGUGAUGUCCCUGAUGUACGAUUAGCAGAUGCUACGGUACCAAUAUCCAGCGGAUUUCUUUGUUGAGGUUACAAAAGAUUAAUCACAUGGAACUUUGCCCAGAAAUUCCAACGCACGCUAAUUUCCAAUUGUGAGAUGGCAUUUGUUGAUAAUCAUAAAUGUCCAUGUAUACCAUAAAGUGAAAUUAAUUACCAACUUCUAGGUCCUUUCAUUAUUAAUAUCGCAUUUGUACACACGAUAUUCAGAAAAGUGAAUUUUCCAUUAGCUAAAUUAUAUACAAUCACUUUAGAAUGCAUAUCGUUUCAGAACCAGAGUCGAACAAGGACACCUGUAAAUAAACAAACUACUCUUGAAAUCUGACAUUACAUUUGAACAGGAAGUUGACGUUCUCCAUUACUUAAUUGCUUUGCAAGGGCCGCUUCUUGAGACCUUGGUUUUUCUCACUAUCUGACGGUGGCCUCCUAAAUAUUUGAAAAACAAAAUCCAGUGUUCAAUUGAGGUGUCCGUAAACCAAAGCUUGGCUAUGUAAAUUGCGGUUUUAUUUAUAGCAUUUUGUAUUUUGUCACGCAUACCGGUACAAGAGCUAAAAUCAAGUGGGAACGAACAUAAGAAAAAUUGAUACGGGUUUUGUUUGGUUUUUGUGGGGGGGUUGGUUUGCUAACUGGAAUGAACGGUAAUUGUAGUGCAAUAUAGAAUUUGAUCAAUUUGCCUUAUAAGUUCCAAUAUUGGUUUGAAAUUUUGAAUUAAAGUUAUGUAAUGUUAUUUAGGAACGAAAAAAGCUGGUACUGUAAGAGCAGUAUUUAUACAUAAUGUUUCUGGAGUUUUGAAACGAGAGACUCAGCAGAUUUUUGUCUCGUUUCGUUCUCCAAAUUAAUUGAUUGCUCUUAUAAGCGCACCAGUGUCCGCACCGUCAAUUUGUGACUUGUAUAAAACGGCAGCUUUUAUUUUACGGCAGCAUAACUACAGUCGUAUACCUUAGCUGCAAUGCAUUCAUGAAACACAUGUUCCUGAGUUUUGUACAUGUACAUUUAUUUGCAAAAUGUACAGGCAGUAGGGGUAAGAGGGCAGCCAAAUCCAUUGUCUUUAACUGAAAGAACUGAUUUAAGGCCUGGUGAACGUGGAAAAUUAAAAAGCUCAUUUUCUAGAGAAAAAAAAA